CAUAAACACACCAAGCUGUUUUAGCUGCCUCCUAUCUACGCAGCCAGACUCGUUGCAAAUCCGCCUGUGGUAUAGCUGUAGACAAUGGCUGUAACGUCUUUCAUUAUUCGGUAGCAUAACGACACUUACGACUGUACGAUGCCGCGCAUUCAAUACUUGCCGCGAGACUCCCUCGAGCUAGCAUCUCUCGCGUCCUCGGAACACUCUGCGCGCAGCUCAAUAGAGUCGUCAGCGUCGGGAAUAGCCUCUUCACGAAAGCUCUCCUUCGACGAAGAAGAUCCACUCUCCGAACGGAAUCCAGCGGCGGCGCGCAACCGAUCGUACUCGGUCAAUUCAACAUUUGACUUCUCCGCAAACCUCUUUCCUCUCUCGAGUACAGCCGUUGGCUAUACAGCACUCGGCGCGCCCUCGUCCACGUCACUAGACCCUACACACAACCUGAACGGAGGUUCUUUGGAGAAGAACAAGACCCUGACCUACUUGAAUGGCCUGUCACUGGUGAUUGGGAUCAUCGUUGGUUCCGGGAUAUUCUCGUCGCCAGCUCAGGUGAACAAGAACGCGGGAUCACCCGGUGCGUCGCUCAUUGUAUGGGUCAUUGCAGGGCUUCUUACCUGGACGGGAGCUGCCAGCUAUGCUGAGCUGGGAGGUGCUAUUCCGUUGAACGGAGGCGCACAGGUAUAUCUUUCAAAAAUCUUUGGCGAACUCGCAGGCUUCGAAUUCACAUGGUGCGCCAUAUGUGUUCUCAAACCAGGGUCUGCCGCUAUUGUUGCUAUAAUAUUUGGGGAGUAUAUCGUAAGAGCUGUCAUUGGGCCAGACGCCAUGGCGACCAGCAUAUGGAUCAGCAAGGGUAUUGCUCUGGGAGCGUUGGUCUUGGUCACAGCGUUGAAUUGUGUCUCUACGAAGCUCGGCACACGGUCCGCAGACGUGUUCAUGUUUUUCAAGUUCGUCGCAUUACUCGGAGUUACUGUGAUUGGGAUUGUGGUUGCGGCAACGGGAUUCACAUGGAAAGGAGAGCCUAGCGACGAAUGGAAGACUCACGGAUGGUUCGAAGGUACAAACAAGGAUGUCUCGAACUGGGCAGUUGCUAUAUACGCAGGUCUGUGGGCGUUCGAUGGAUGGGAUAAUGUCAACUACGUUACGGGUGAAAUGGUUAACCCGCAUAGGGACCUUCCUCGCGUUAUCCAUACAUCUAUACCAAUCGUCAUCGUGUCCUACAUCCUAGCCAAUGUGGCGUACUUCUUCGUUCUCCCGAUGGACGUGAUCGAAUCGAGCAACACUGUGGCAGUCACAUUUGGGGCAAAAGUGUUUGGUCCGGUCGGCGCGUUCUUCCUAGCAUUGAUAGUUGCGGGUAGCUGUUUCGGGGCGCUCAAUGCAAACUGCUUUACAAGUGGCCGCUUAGCUUAUGCAGCUGGCCAAGAAGGAUUUCUCCCCUCGAUAUUUGGGAAGAUUGGGGUCGGAUCGCGAACGGUGGUCCGUCUUGGAUCGUCGCGGACAUUGAGGUCGAAAGGCAUAGUGGCGCGACUGAUGGCGGACGAGGCAGGACUUUUCUUCACUCCAGUCAACGCAAUGCUGCUCAACACAGUCCUUGCAGCAGUAUAUGUGGUGGUAGGCGAGUUUGAGGCGCUGACGACGUUUUACGGAGUGGCAGGGUAUAUAUUCUACUUUUUCACGGUGCUAGGACUGAUUGUCCUCCGUGUGCGAGAGCCAAAGUUGGAACGGCCGUACAAGACGUGGAUCACAACACCAAUCAUCUUCUGCUGCGUCAGCUUGUUCUUGCUCAGCAGAGCGGUCUUUGCGGAGCCGUUCAAGACAUUGAUUGUUGUGGGCUUCAUGGUGGCUGGUGUGCCGGUGUAUUUCUUCAGGGUGGCACGGAAGAGCAGACGAGAGGGUGACGGACAAGAGAAGGGAUGGUGGAGGUUCUGGCACGGGUGGAGAUGAGUUGUUAUCAGAGAGUGAUGAUAGGAUAUGCACAUUCAUUUAGCAUACUAUGUACAUAUAUGACAUUGCAUGUUGUAUCUGUCGUAGUUGUAAUUAAUGAUAGUACUGC